AUGGACUUUUCUCAACUCUCCACUCUUCUCUUCCUCGCCGUCGUCGUUUCAUUUCUCGCCGUCGUCUCCGCUGGCCGUGACCUCCCCGGAGACUAUAUCCGGUUACCGUCUGAAACUUCCAGAUUCUUCCGUGAACCUGAAAACGAUGACAACGAACAGGGAACUAGGUGGGCGAUUUUACUCGCUGGUUCUAAUGGUUACUGGAAUUAUAGACAUCAGGCUGAUGUUUGUCAUGCGUAUCAAUUACUGAGGAAAGGUGGUUUGAAGGAAGAAAAUAUUAUUGUUUUCAUGUAUGAUGAUAUUGCUUCCAAUGAAGAGAAUCCGAGACCUGGUGUCAUAAUUAACAAACCAGAUGGUGAUGAUGUUUAUGCAGGAGUUCCAAAGGACUAUACUGGUGCAGAUGUACAUGCUGACAAUUUUUAUGCUGCCUUACUUGGAAAUAAAUCAGCUCUUACAGGUGGGAGUGGGAAAGUUGUGGACAGUGGUCCCAAUGAUCAUAUUUUUGUUUACUAUACUGAUCAUGGUGGUCCAGGGGUUCUUGGUAUGCCUGUUGGUCCUUACUUGUAUGCAUCUGAUCUGAAUGAAGUCUUGAAGAAAAAGCAUGCUUCUGGAACAUAUAAGAGCCUAGUAUUUUAUCUAGAGGCAUGUGAAUCUGGGAGUAUCUUUGAAGGUCUUCUUCCAGAAGAUCUCAAUAUCUACGCGACAACGGCUUCAAAUGCAGAAGAAAGUAGUUGGGGAACAUAUUGCCCUGGGGAUUACCCUCCCCCACCCCCAGAGUACUCAACUUGCUUGGGUGACCUAUACAGUGUUGCUUGGAUGGAAGACAGUGACGUACACAAUUUGCGAACUGAAAGUUUGCAACAACAAUAUAAAUUGGUUAAGGAUAGGACUAUUAAUGGAGCAUACUAUGGCUCUCAUGUUAUGGAGUAUGGUGAUGUUGGGCUUAGCAACAAUCAUCUCUACCUAUAUUUGGGCACAAAUCCUGCUAAUGAUAAUUCUUCCUUUGUGGGUGAAACUGAAAACUCCUUGAAAUUGAGAACACCUUCUACAGCAGUCAACCAAAGGGACGCUGAUCUCAUUCAUUUCUGGGAAAAGUUCCGCAAAGCUCCCGAGGGUUCUCCGCGAAAAAACGAAGCUGAGAAACAAGUUUUGGAAGCAAUGUCUCAUAGGAAGCAUAUAGACAACAGUGUGAAACUGAUUGGGAAGCUCUUAUUCGGCAUUGAAAAGGGUACUGAACUGCUCAACACUGUUAGACCUGCUGGAUCACCACUUGUUGAUAACUGGGACUGCCUCAAAACCAUGGUAAAGACUUUUGAGACACAUUGCGGAUCCCUGUCUCAGUAUGGUAUGAAACAUAUGAGGUCUUUCGCAAACAUCUGCAAUGCAGGAAUACCGAAUGAGCAAAUGGCCGAGGCCUCAGCACAAGCUUGUGCCAGUAUUCCUGCCAAUCCUUGGAGUUCUCUGAAAGGGGGCUUCAGUGCAUAG